GGGCGGGACCCGCCUGCCCCCUUGAAGCCGCCCGGGCCCCGGCGGCAGCCCUAGGGCAGGGGGCAGCGGGCCCCCUCCCGCCGGGGAAGGGGGGCUCCGCCUUGCUGCCGGCUUCGCCCCGCCGGCGGGAAGGCUUGUGCGCCGCGACUGAAGGGAGAGCCCAGCGAAGCCCGUCCCGAAAAAAUGUGAAAGCAUUUGCAUCUUCAGAUAGCCUAGCCAAGGUCCAAGAAGUAGCAAGCUGGCUUUUGGAAAUGAAUCAGGAACUGCUCUCUGUGGGCAGCAAGAGGCGACGAACUGGUGGAUCUCUUCGAGGUAAUGCUUCCUCAAGCCAAGUAGAUGAGGAGCAGAUGAAUCGAGUUGUAGAAGAGGAGGAGCAGCAACAAAGGCGACAACAAGAAGAGCAGCACAUUGGGAGAAAUGGGGAGAUAAGAGGAGAAGAACCUGGAUUUGAUGAGAGACAUGAGUCUCAGCAGGAACAAUUAGAAGAAAAUAACAAUAGACUUAUUACAGUGGAUGAAGAAUCUACUUGUAACCAAGAGGAAGAAGAUGAUGAUCGUGGUGGUGAUCAAGAGGAGGAGGUGGAAGAGGAGGAGGAAAUGGACCAGGAGAGUGAUGAUUUCGAUCAGUCUGAUGACAGUAGUAGAGAAGAUGAACAUGCUAACAGUAACAGUGUCACAAAUUCCAAUAGCCUCAUGGACUUGCCCAUUCACCAGUCAUCGCCAUUCUACAUAAAGACAAAGAUGAAGAGAAAGUUGGACCAUGGCUCCGAGGUCCGUUCUUUCUCUCUGGGAAAGAAACCCUGCAAAGUCUCAGAGUACACAAGUACUACAGGGCUGGUGCCAUGCUCUGCCACGCCAACUACUUUUGGGGACCUGAGGGCAGCCAAUGGCCAGGGACAGCAGCGUCGCCGCAUUACAUCUGUGCAACCACCGACAGGCCUUCAGGAAUGGCUGAAAAUGUUUCAGAGCUGGAGUGGACCAGAGAAAUUACUUGCUUUAGAUGAACUCAUUGAUAGUUGCGAACCAACACAAGUAAAACACAUGAUGCAAGUGAUAGAGCCCCAGUUUCAAAGAGACUUCAUUUCCUUGCUCCCAAAAGAGCUGGCACUGUAUGUGCUGUCAUUCCUGGAACCCAGGGACCUUCUGCAGGCAGCCCAGACAUGUCGUUACUGGAGAAUUCUGGCUGAAGAUAAUCUCCUCUGGAGAGAGAAAUGCAAAGAGGAGGGGAUUGAUGAACCAUUACAUAUCAAGAGGAGGAAAGUAAUCAAACCAGGCUUUAUACACAGCCCAUGGAAAAGCGCCUACAUCAGACAGCACAGGAUUGAUACCAACUGGCGGCGAGGAGAACUUAAAUCGCCUAAGGUGCUCAAAGGCCAUGAUGACCACGUGAUCACAUGCCUUCAGUUCUGUGGGAACCGAAUAGUGAGUGGCUCUGACGACAACACGCUGAAAGUGUGGUCAGCAGUCACAGGCAAGUGUUUGAGAACACUGGUUGGGCACACGGGCGGAGUCUGGUCAUCGCAGAUGAGGGACAAUAUCAUCAUCAGUGGCUCUACAGACCGAACGCUGAAAGUCUGGAACGCUGAGACUGGAGAAUGCAUACACACCUUGUACGGACACACCUCCACCGUGCGCUGCAUGCAUCUCCAUGAGAAAAGAGUGGUCAGUGGGUCUCGAGAUGCUACACUGAGAGUUUGGGACAUAGAGACGGGCCAGUGCUUACACGUUCUGAUGGGCCACGUAGCUGCAGUUCGGUGCGUUCAGUAUGAUGGCAGAAGGGUUGUAAGUGGUGCAUAUGAUUUUAUGGUCAAAGUGUGGGAUCCAGAGACAGAGACCUGUCUGCACACACUGCAAGGGCAUACUAACAGAGUCUACUCAUUACAGUUCGAUGGCAUCCAUGUGGUGAGUGGAUCUCUUGACACUUCCAUCCGAGUUUGGGAUGUGGAGACAGGCAACUGCAUUCACACACUAACAGGCCACCAGUCUCUCACAAGUGGAAUGGAACUCAAGGACAAUAUACUUGUGUCUGGGAAUGCUGAUUCUACAGUCAAAAUCUGGGACAUUAAAACAGGACAAUGUUUACAGACAUUGCAAGGUCCCAACAAGCAUCAGAGUGCUGUGACCUGUUUACAGUUCAACAAGAACUUUGUUAUUACCAGCUCAGAUGAUGGGACUGUAAAACUUUGGGACUUGAAAACGGGUGAAUUUAUCCGCAAUCUAGUCACAUUGGAGAGCGGGGGCAGCGGAGGCGUUGUGUGGCGGAUCAGAGCUUCUAACACAAAGCUAGUGUGUGCGGUGGGGAGCCGCAACGGGACUGAGGAAACAAAGCUGCUGGUGUUGGACUUUGACGUGGAUAUGAAGUGAAGGGCAGAGAGAUGAAUUUGUCCAAAUGUGUAGACGAUGUUCUCCUUUCCCUCCCCCUGAAAAAAAAAGAAAAAAGAAAAAGGAAAAAAAAUCCCUUGUCCUUGGUGGUGCAGGAUGUUGGCUUGGGGCAACAGAUCCUAAAGACCUACAGACUACAAAGGAGAAGACAAAGAUGACAAACUAUAACUGACAAGAGAGGCAUUUGCUGUCUCGUCACAUAAAAAGGCUACACUUCUGACCGGGGCAGCUUUGCAAAAAUGCGACUUUUGAGAUGAAACCAGGUGCAAUUAUUUCUUUGCUUUCCUCCAACUGCUCAUUGAGCAAUUUGGAGGUGGAAAAAAAAAAUUGUUACAGUUCUUGUUAACAGCUUAUUUUACCACAAAGAUCUUGAAAGAAGCCGCACAGGCGAGUCUGCUCGUGCACCCCUGGGCCACCCUAGGGCCCGGCAGCCCCUCCGAGCAACGUGCUGUCUCUUAGCCCCGCUCUGAACAUGGGGUUGGACCGGACAACUUCCAGAGGGGUCCCUUCCAACACCUAUGAGCAUUCACUGGUUGACUUUCAAAUACUAGAGAGCAUCUGCAAUGAAAAAAAAAAAAAAAAAAAGAAAAAAAAAAGGCAACAAACAAAAAGAGUCCAUUCCUGGUGUGGAAAAGCUAAAAUAUUACUGUGAAUUGUUUUGUACAGUUUAUCAGAGCUUUUUCUUUUUUCUCUUUUAUUCCUCUUUCUCUUUUUUUUGCCAACCAUUGCCAAUGUCAAUCACAGUAUUAGCCUCUGUUUAAUCUAUUUACUGUUGCUUCCAUCUACACUCUUCAACACAUAAGUUGCUCUGAGGUGGCAAGUUGUCCUGGGUUUUGAGAGUCCUCUGAUGGAUUUAAUUCGCAAUGCUGGUGCUAGAAGUAGGUCUUCAAUUAUGGGAUUGUUGUCCCACCCCUGUACUGUAUUCCCAGUGGCCAAACUUAUUUAUGCUGCUAAAUGAAAGAAAGAAAAGCAAAUUAUUUUUUUUUAUUUUUGUUUCUGCUGUGACGUUUUAGUCCCAGACUGAAUUCCAAAUUUGCUCUAGUUUGGUUACAGAAAAAGACUUUUUGCCACUGAAACUUGAGCCAACUGUGCCUCUAAGAGGCUGAGAGUGGAAGAGUUUCAGACAAUUAAGAGUGAAGUUUGCCUGCAAAUAAAGAAUUGAGUGUGUGUGCAAAGCUUAUUUUCUUUUUUUCUGGGCAAAAAUUAAAACACAUUCCUUAGAACAAAGCUAUUGCAGCCUGUUCUGUGGGGAAAUUUUUCUUUGUGAGGGCUGUGGUGAAUGGAAUGAACAUACAUUAAAAGGAAAAAAAAAAACAAAAC